UCCACUCAUCCAGGACCAACCCAGAAGGAAGAGGAAGAGGGAGCACUUGCUACAAUGCUACUGGAAGCCACAGGUAGGAGAAUUUCGGUGGACCCGGAGCAAAAGUUGCCAAAAACCGUGGGCACUCAAUCUGUUUCUCCGGUCAAACUUCCCCCGCCGAAAAGCCUAGCGAUCAGGAAAAAGGCAAAAAAAUUCCCUGUUUUUUAUACUUUACAGCAUUCAAAUCAUUCAAAGAAAUUCAUUAGAAGCGGAGCAGACCGAAACUUCCUCAAAACUCCUUCUUUUUUUUUAGUUUAUUUUAAAUUAUUUUCCUCCGUUCUCCUCGCUCUACUUAUAAACACCAUUAAAAGAUCCAUUUGCAAUGACCCGUCACUCAAAUUCCAUCAAGACGGCGACUUCAAGGUGCGACAGCAGCGAUGAUGGUACAGUAAGAUUCUUUUCGCCGAUGAAGAUCGUCAGUCCGUGUUGGAAGGCUUCCGCCGGCAACACAGCCGACGACGGCUUUUCGCUUAGCCGCAGCGAUGGUCUCUUACGGUACAAAGACUUUGGGAAGCACGUUGCCGGGGAGUUCUCCAUGGCCGUCGUGCAAGCGAACAACCAGCUCGAAGACGGAAGCCAGAUUGAGUCCGGUCCGCUUAGCUGUUCCGACGCUGGCGACGCAAUUAAUGGAACAUUCGUCGGAAUAUAUGAUGGCCAUGGCGGGCCGGAGACCGCGCGGUUCAUUACCGAGAAUUUGUUCAGCAACCUAAAAAAGGUUGUCUCUGAACAGAAAGGGAUAUCAAUAGAUGCUAUUAGAAAGGCAUUUUCUAACACAGAAGAGGGGUUUCUAUCCCUUGUAAGAAAGAAGUGGAAGAGAACACCACAGCUUGCAUCAGUUGGUUCGUGCUGUUUGAUUGGUGUAAUAUGUGCUGGAAUGUUAUAUGUUGCGAAUCUCGGCGAUUCUAGAUCCGUGUUGGGAAGAUUAGACGGUACUAAGAAAGGGAUUGUCGCCGUUCAGAUGACAACAGAUCAUAAUGCGAGCAAUGAGGCUGUGAGGAAGGAGCUGUGGUCAUUGCAUCCUCAUGAUUCUGAUAUUGUAGUUCUGAAACACAAUGUCUGGCGUGUAAAAGGCCUCAUACAGAUAUCCAGAUCUAUUGGUGAUGCAUAUUUGAAAGAUUCACAGUUCAAUCAAGAGCCUCUGCUUGCAAAAUUUCGGCUUCCUCAGCCGCUCUAUCAAUCUAUUCUUAGCGCCGAUCCAUCUAUAGUCGCCCAUAAAUUGUCUCAUGGAGAUCAAUUCAUAAUAUUUGCAUCUGAUGGCUUAUGGGAGCAUUUAAGCAAUCAAGAAGCUGUGGACAUGGUUCAUUUCCAUCCUCGUGCUGGAAUUGCAAGGAGGCUUUUAAAGCAAGCAUUAAAAGUGGCUGCUAAGAAAAGAGAAAUGAGGUAUUCUGACUUGAAGAAGAUUGAUAGAGGUAUCAGAAGGCAUUUUCAUGAUGAUAUAUCUGUAAUUGUAAUCUUCUUUGACCAUUUGUUGAUCAGCAGAAACAACUUGCAUUGUCCUGUGAUUUCACUUACAGGAGGCUUGUUUCCUUCUCAAAAAUAGACCUCACUUACAAGUUCCCAGCUUUAUCUUAUGCAUUAAUCUCUGCAUUUGUAUUGUUUACUAGAAAUCCCUCUGAGUUUAUAGAAAACAUGUUUCUUUUGUGUA